AACCGCCCCAUCAAGCAUUUGGGAGUCAACUUGAAACCCUCUUCAUAUUUGUAACUUAAGCAUUGUGAAACAUUUAUCGGUCGAGAACUGUCGAUUCCGAUACACAAUAUUUCUUCACUACAUCGUCGGGUUCAAGCACCCUUGAAAUGUAGAAGCCAUUUCUAUUAUUUGAUCGUUAGGGAGGGAACAUUUGUCUAUUUUUGUGGAAAAAUGGGAAUAUUUCUUAAUUAUGCUAUUGCUAAGAGCCUAUUUCUGUAAUUUUGUGAAAUGCGGAACUAUUUUUGUAUUUUUAUUAAAUUCACGGACAACUUCUAAAAUUUUGUGAGAUAUAGUGAUAUUUGUAUGAUUCUGUUUCUCCCGGCAAAUGUAAGGAGUAUAAGAAUUCUUUUCAAGAAAAUGGCGGCAGUUAUCGAAUGGGUUUAAAGUUUAGACCAGAAAAAACCUGAAUUUGUCGGUCUCAUUCUUAUUAGAAUUUACGUCGUACGACGAUCGAAUUAUCUGUGCAUUUGUUUUGGCUGUGUGGUUCAUCAUUAACUUACGAUAUUGAAGGGCUGUCCACUUGCCCUAAAAGACCCGACGAUCAGAUUUUGGGUAAUGAGAGAAAAUUCUGAAAUCGGGAAAGUCAAAACAGUUUUUGCCGAGUUCUAGUCACAGAUGAUGGAUCCAGAGGACCUACGAUCAGAGCUACUCUCCUUGCGACGAUUAUAUGGCCUUCUUGUAAACGACCAUCAACGUGUCUCUGAAAAUUUGGACAAGAACGCAAGACAACUACUACUAAAUUUACUGGAUGCUAGUGCCAAAAAAGCUUUUGAGGCUCAUGCAAAGAUGGUGGGUACUCAAUUCAGACCAUCUUAUUAUAACCUGUGGUCAAACACCCAAUUUCCAAGUCUUCAGAAUCUUGACUUAAGAACCAGUCAAGGGAUCUUCAAUGAGCCAUUAAGUCAAGAAUUUUCUUUUGGUCAGUCAAAAGGAAUCUUAGCAGAUGAAGCAGAUAUCAAACUGAAACGAUGCCGUGUAUGCCAAAAACCAAAAGUCAAACAGUUGACCAAAGAGUUAAGUCAAGUUCAAGAUAACCAACAUCAAAAUCAUAAAAGAAGUUGGGAAGAACAAAACAACCCAACCACCUAUGGAGUUGGAGUUGGAGGAUUCCCGUGUUCAUCAACAGUUGACUUUCCGAAAUCACUGACUUUAUAUAAUCAAAAUGAUGAAGAUGAUCAAAUAUCAAGAGAAGCUUCUGCUAAAAUCCAACAAAUAGAAUCUUGCAUUUCGACUUUGCAACUAGCAUCCAAUCGUGUCAAUCUUCUUGAAAAUGAUUCCCGGGGUCAAUUUAGUCAGAUUGGAAACUAUUCUGUUGGUAGAAGUGAUCCAUGGCAUGGGGAGUUGACCUUGCAAGCUCAACCACUCACUACAAGAGUUGUUAAUAUGGUGUUGCCCAUUAGUCAAACAUCUGAAAAUGUUAGUCGAAGUGAAAUGUUCAAUCAAGAAAACCAGUAUUAUGAUUAUUUACCAGAGAAAACUUAUAAUAAUCUUCAUCAUGCUUCUGGAGUUUCUUCAAGUUUGACUAAAAUUCCCGACAAGAAUCUUGCUUUACAGAUGGUUAAAAAGGAAACAAUUAACCAAUGGUUGACCCCACCUGUUAAGUCAACCCACCAUGGCAGACAUAAUAGUCAACUUCAAGAAACUGAAAUCGCAAGGCGAAAGAAACCGGAUCAUUACAGAGGGAAACAUGCGGUGGUUGACCGGAAAAGAUCGAUUUCUCCGGUGACUUCAGAUAGUCCAGUUUCAAGCUCAAAUUAUUCAUCAAGUUUGAGAAGUCAAAGUGAAAGUCAACAAGAUUAUGCUACUUGUAGUGACAUGGAAGGAUCUUACAAAGGCCAUGAAGAGAGUGAAAGUGAGAGUGAGAGUGAGAGUGAGAGUGAGAGUGAGAUGUAUUCGGUUUCAAGCCCUGAUCAGAGUCCUUCCAUGAGUAGCUCAGAUGAAUCUUCAGGGUCGAAGUCAACGCCAAGGUCAAAGUCAAAGAGGAUGGUUCCAACAAAGGGGUACAAAAGGGGCAACAAAAAAGAUUCAAAGAUCAGCUCAGAUGAAUCUUCGGGGUCAAAAUCAAUUUCAAGGUCAAAGUCAACGCCAAAGAGGAUGGUUCCAACAAAGGGGUACAAAAGGGGUAAGCAGAAAGAACCGAAGAUUAGCACAGAUGAAUCUUCUGGGUCGAAGUCAACUCCAAGGUCAAAGUCAAAAUCAAAGAGUAUGGCUCUAACAAAGUGGGGCAAAAGGGGUAAUAAAAAAGAAAAAGAACCGAAGAUUAGCUCAGAUGAAGAAUCUUCAGGGUCAAAGUCAACUUCAAGGUCAAAGUCAAAAUCAAAGAGUAUGGUUCUAACAAAGUGGUACAAAAGGGGUAAUCAGAAAGAAAAAGAAAAGAAGAUUAGCUCAGAUGAUGAAUCUUCAGGGUCAAAGUCAACUUCAAGGUCCAAGUCAAAAUCAAAGAGUAUAGUUCCAAUAAAGUGGUACAAAAGGGGUAAACAGAAAGAAAAAGAACCAAAGGUUAGCUCAGAUGUAUCUUCAGGUUCAAAGUCAACUACAAGGUCAAAGUCAAAAUCAAAAUCAAAGAGUAUAGUUCCAACAAAGGGGUACAAAAAGGGUAAUCAGAAAGAGAAAGAACCGAAGAUUAGCUCAGAUGAAUCUUCGAGGUCAAAGUCAACUUCAAAGUCAAAGUCAAAGUUAAAGAGCAUGGUUCCAACAAAGUGGUACAAAAAGGGUAAUAAAAAAGAACCGAAGGUUAGCUCGGAUGAAUCUUCAGGGUCAAAGUCAACUUCAAGGUCAAAGUUAAAGAUGGUGGUUGCAACAAAGGGUAACAAAAGGGGCAAUCAGGAAGAACCAAAGAUAGGAAAAGUUGCGAGGUUGAAGCAACUUAAAGAAAAGUUGGGAUUCAUCUUCCACCAUCACCACCACCACCACCAUCACCACCAUCAUCAUGAUGUUGAAGAUGAUCACAAAAAAUCUCCAUCGGAUCAUACAGGAAAAGAUCAUGGUGAUGUAGACAAUCACAAAAAAUCCUCACAAAAGCAUGCAGAAAAAGCAGUUGACCAUAAGAAAAAGGAUGAUGCUCAUGGAGAAAAGGUGGUUGACCAUGACCAUGGGAGGAAAAAGGAUGAGGUUCAUGGAGGAAAGGUAGUUGACCAUGACCAUGGGAAGAAGAAAGAGGAGGUUCAUGGAGGAAAGGUGGUUGAUCAUGACCAUGGGAAGAAGAAAGAGGAGGUUCAUGGAGGAAAGGUGGUUGACCAUGACCAUGACCAUGGGAAGAAGAAGGAUGAGGUUCAUGGAGGAAAGGUGGUUGACCAUGACCAUGACCAUGACCAUGGGAAGAAGAAGGAUGAGGUUCAUGGAGGAAAGGUGGUUGACCAUGACCAUGGGAAGAAGAAGGAUGAGGUUCAUGGAAAAAAGGUGGUUGACAAGAAUCAGAAACAGUUGGUGGUUCAUAAAGUAGCAGAAAAAAACCAGAAAGGUCAGUUGAAGGCACUUGUGGGUGGUUUCUUGAAACACUCCACUCGUGAUUCCAAGAAACCCAAGAAGGGUAAAAGUGAGAAAAAGAUAGUUCCAAAGGGUGUAAGUGGAAAAAGUAGUGGUGGUGGGAAGAUGGGAAAGAAAAUGAGUUGGAUGAAAAUGUUGCAACAACAAAGAAAAAUAAAAAGGAUUGAGAAACUACGAAGCAAAAUCAAAAUCAACCGUCGUAGUAAGAAGUAA